AUGAAAGCUCCCAUUCCUCUUCUGAUCCUGCUUCAUGCCGUUGUGGUCCAUUGCCUGAAAGUGGUGUCGAAGAGAGGCUCAGUGGAAGGCUGCACGGAUUGGUCAGUGGACUACCUGAAAUAUAAGGUGCUUCUGGGAGAACCGGUACGGAUUAAGUGCGCUUUAUUCUAUGGAUAUAUCCGGGCCAACUACACCCACGCGCAGAGCGCAGGACUUAGCCUUAUGUGGUACAAAAGUGCAGGACACGGUGACUUCGAGGAACCCAUCAGUUUUGACGGCACGAGGAUGAGCAAGGAGGAGGAUGCCAUAUGGUUUCGACCAGCAGAGUUGGAUGAUGGGGGGUACUAUUCCUGCGUAUUACGGAACUCCACAUACUGCAUGAAGGUGUCCAUGUCUCUCACAGUGGCGGAGAAUGACACAGACUUCUGCUACAACUCCAAGAUGAGGUUCUUUGAGAAGGCAGAGCUGAGCAAAAGUAAAGACAUCAUCUGCCGGGGCAUAGAGGACUAUCUACAGCCGGGAGUGGAGCCUGAAAUUGUGUGGUACAAGGAAUGCAGGCCAAAGCAGUGGAGACAAACCAUAGAGAGGAGGAGGGACACUCUUUCCAUCAAGGAAGUACGGGAAGAUGACAUUGGGAAUUACACCUGCGAAUUAAAGUUUGGGAACUUUGUGGUGCGGAGGACUACUGAGCUAUCCGUCACAGCUCCCCUGACAGACAAGCCGCCAAAAAUCCUUUCCCCCUCGGAGAGCCAAAUGAGCGUCAUAGAGAUGGCAAUAGGAAGUCCUGUCAACCUGACGUGCAGAGCGUUCUUUGGAUACAGCGGUGACGUCAGUCCACUUAUCUACUGGAUGAAGGGGGAGAAGUUCAUUGAGGAUCUGGACGAGGAGCGGGUUCAGGAGAGUGACAUCAAGACGAUCCGGGAGCACCUGGGGGAGCAGGAGGUCUCCAUCUCUCUGACCAUCGACUCUCUGGAGGAGAGCGACCUGGGCAACUACUCAUGCUACGUGGAGAACGGCAACGGCAAGCGACAGGCCAACAUCCAGCUCGCCAAGAAAGCAGAGCUUAUGUACACGGUGGAGCUGGCCGGAGGUCUGGGAGCCAUCCUGAUGCUGCUGAUCUGUCUGGUGACGCUGUACAAGUGCUACAGGAUCGAGCUCAUGCUCUUCUACAGGAACCACUUUGGCAGCGAGGAUAUAGAUGGAGAUAACAAGGACUACGACGCUUACCUAUCCUACACCAAAGUGGACCCGGACCAGUGGAGCCAGGAGACCCGUGAGGAGGAGCGCUUUGCCCUGGAGAUCCUCCCCGACGUGCUGGAGAAGCAUUAUGGGUAUAAACUCUUCAUUCCAGACAGGGACUUGAUCCCCACAGGAAGUUUCACCAAUGAUCAUUUCCAGGAUGACACAAGACUACUUAGAGCCUACAUCGAGGACGUAGCACGCUGCGUGGACCAGAGCAAGCGCCUCAUCAUUGUCAUGACGCCCAGCUACGUGGUGCGGAGGGGGUGGAGUAUCUUUGAGCUGGAGACGAGGCUGCGCAACAUGCUGGUGACCGGCGAGAUCAAGGUCAUCCUGAUUGAGUGCGCCGAGCUGCGUGGCAUCAUGAACUACCAGGAAGUGGAGGCCCUCAAACACACCAUCAAAAUGCUGACGGUCAUCAAAUGGCGCGGGCAGUCCAGCAACAAGCUCAACUCCAAGUUCUGGAAGCAGCUCCUCUAUGAAAUGCCCUUCAAGCGCAUGGAGCCCCUGAGCAUCUCCCAUGAGCAGGUGCUGGACGUCAGCGAGCAGGGCCCCUUUGGUGAGCUCCAGACCGUCUCGGCCAUCUCCAUGGCGGCGGCCACCUCCACCGCCAUGGCGACGGCACACCCGGACUUGCGCUCCACCUUCCACAACUCUUGCCACACCCAGAUGAGGCAGAAACACUAUUACCGUAGCUACGACUACGACCUGCCGCCCGGCGGCACACUCCCACCGCUCUCCACGCUAGGAAACCAGCACACCUACUGCAACAUCCCCAUGACGCUCAUCAACGGACAGCGGCCGCAGUCCAAGUCGCCGCGCCAGCAGAGUCUGGAGGAGGCCCACGGCAACAACGCCAUGCUACCACUGCUGCCCAGAGAGACCAGUAUAUCCAGCGUCAUCUGGUGACAGAGACGGUGCCGGGUGGGGUAGACUCUGGAUCUUUAUGUUGUCCGUCACAGGGAGGAUGACCUCUGGCGCUUGGACCCUGAAUGCACCAGAGCCAGGUGGACCUGAAUGGCACUAAGCUACUUGCUGCUGUUGAAUUUGCACCAGGAAACAUCAGGGGGAUGGGGAGGGAGGACACGCUGGACACAUCGGGGGUGGAGAUGGUGGCAGAUAUUUUUUGUUUUGGUCCAAUAAGAGCUUUUAUUGAAACUGAACAACAAAAAAAAAGAAGCAAGGAGAACUUUUUUGUAUGCCUGUAUAAACACUCACGUAACACAAGCCAACACCUAUGAUCAUUUACCCAGAGAGUCAAGGAAUACAGGGUCCUGUACAUACCUUUUCUAAUUCUUUGUAGCAUCAGUGUUUGAGAUUUUCUUCUUAUGUUUUCUCAUCAGUUGGGACUCUUUCUUUUGUUUCAGUUUGUACAAAAGUGAAGCAACGGCCCGUGAGAUGUUUUGGAUAAACCGUUCUUACCUUUAUCUUAAUUUGUUGGCUGGUGUAGUUUAUAAAGCUUUGGGAUUAUUUCGAGAAGGGGGGGUAAAAGUCACAGCCUUCGGGAGAUGACAAUGAUUUGGUUUGGAUUUUCCGUGAGUUUCAGCUCCGGCGGCUGCUGUAAGGGGUUGAGAACCUGGACUCAACCAGAAUAUGCAAAAUAUGGAGUCCAGAGUGCAGGCGGAAGAGAUGGGUUUCACAAAUUGAAUGCUUGUGGGAAAAGUCAUAUCUGUGAAGGAAGAUAUGAAGAAUAUGGUGCUAGGCUUCACAUCUCUGUUUCUCUCACGAUAACAAUUACUUAAAAAAAAAAAACAGCCUUGCUAUUUACCUUAACAGAUGAUUAUAUCACUGAAAAAUUAAUUAUGUGUAUUAUUUUAUGAAAAAAGAAAAGUCUAUUUUUGUAACUGAGGGAUAUUUGCUUAGAGAGGUUAUACCUAUGAAGUUUCUGAUAGAAGGAAUCGGGGAAACGUAAUAAAAACGAACAAUGUUUUGUUAUGUGGAACUGCACAGCUCACGAAAAUCGAUAGGCCAUUCACUAAAUGUCUUAUAUUGCAAGAGAAAAAAAAAGUUUGUUUUCAUCAUUAAAAAGAAGAGUUUUGACAUUUCAGACCACGGAUUGCAGGUCAGCAGGCUUUUUAUGUUUGUUGAUUUCACAGGCGUUGCAGUCAUUGUUGAUUGCAGGACGGAGCUGUCGAUGAUGUCAGUACACACGGAGGAGAGGAAAGCCAUGACAUCCGCUGUCACCUGAAGCAUUUACUCACCUGGUUUCCUGUGAAGGACCAAACAAGGCUGUCCAGGGCUAAACAAGUAUCUCUGUUACUCACUCUCUCUUAAAUGACAGCUCUGUUAUUUGUUUGCCAUUCCCCUUGUCAGCAGAGAUGAUUUGUCAGUGGAGUUACGCUCUCUGAUAAAUAAAGUAGGGCUUUCACGUCUUGGUUGUGAGCACUCUGAGUCGGCCCUGACUGCUAUGUGGUGACGGGACAUCGGAAUACAUCAAUGAUGAAGAGUUUCAUUCCAAAACAAGUCUGGAAACAUCGGAAACACCCUAAAUCAGACUUGAUAAUAAAGUAAUAAUCUUUAGUUAUUAAUAAAAAGUAACAUUUUAUAGGAUGUAAUCAAUUAUUUUUUUGACCUACUGACCAAUAAUCAUCCUCAAUAGCCUUUUAGAAUGAACCCAUUCCAAAAUAAAUGUAAUUACUGCGAAAGAGAGACAAGAAUGUAUUUAAAUGGCAAUUAAAUCCUGGAGUAUAUCUGUAGAAAUGCUACUUAGAGCAAGUUAGACCAAAGCGAGCUACAGUGAAGCAUUCUCAUUCACAGUUUUUUUUUUCUCUGAGGGAAGCUUCCAUCGUAAUCGGUACGAUUUCAUCAGAUCCCACAAAACAAGAGCUACUCUCGCAUCACUCUUGACGGCAUCCCGUGUACUUACUCCAUCUGCAGCUGUGCCAUAUUCUUUGUUUUUCAAGACACUAACCUCAAACUAAAAUACCUGCAGCAUCUCGUCACGUGGAGAUGUUUCAUUUAGUGCCAUAAAAUAUGCAAAGUGAUGAACUCGUAAACAGUAAAUGAAAAAUGCCCC